UAAAAGAGGAACUGAUCUGUAGUCCAUGUAAUUAUGUAUAUAAUCACUGUAUAGAAAGUGAAGAUAAAACGUUUCACGUGUAGCGAUCCAUGCUAAUAUGUCAAUACUUCUUAAUUUUAUAUGUUUGUAAUAUAUUAUGAUAACAACGAUAGUAAUAAUCCUUAUUAAUAAUCCUUAUAACGAUGACGAUAACGUUUAUUAUGAUAUUGCGCCCUAAGUGGCAAUGGUGGAGCAAGAACUCGUAAUUAUUUUCAAUCUCAAAUACCAAACAUAAAAUGUGAUUACACUUUCAAGAUCAUACAUCAUUUGACUAACUAAAUAACGAAAUUAACAUGUUACAUUCAACGGGAACAUUAUCGCCGCAAGAUAUACUGUCCGAGGUUAGGAAAUUCAUUUCAGGUGCUGUUAGACCAACCCAUAGCACAAGUACCCUUGAUGUAACUCGAACAGCAUUAUCGUUGCUUCGAAAUGUACCAGCAGCAAGAGACGCGGUGCUUGAAUAUUUUUGCAACGUGUUCUUCGUUGCGGUAACGAAACAUGUUCGUCAAAUUGAAACGAACCAAAAUCUUACAAUAUGCGAGGAGACUAUUAUAGCAGAAAUUCAUACCGUUUUAAGUAGCUUCAUUAAUGGAAAUCCGGAAGCAUGGGCACCAAUUAUAUCAGCAUGGUCGUUGGAACUACUGGGUAAACUCUCUUCGGAUUAUGCAAAACGUGGCAAUUUACCUGUCAAUGCUGGAAUCAAUGAUUUCCUUCAACAGUGGAUGUCUUGUCGUGCUACCCGGACACUGAUCGAUAUUACUGCUCAAUGCCUUCAGUGUCUUAUGCACUCGGACACAGAGUCUUGCAUAAAAGCAUUAUUAGACACCAGCGUAUUGCACAGCCCUCAUUUUGACUGGGUAGUUGCUCAUGUCGGAAGUUGUUUUCCAAACACGGUUAUCACUAGAGUAUUAUCAUGCGGCCUAAAAGAUUUUUUUACAAUGGAUCAUAAGCACAACAUUAAAAACCCUAAAUUAAAUUCAGUGGUUGGAAUUUUGGGGCAUUUAGCUGGCAGCCACUUUCAAGAUAUCAGAACAGCACUGUUGGAUCUUUUCAAAUGGAGUUUAGAAGAAGAUAUGAAUGUCGAUGAAGAUACCAAGAAGCAGAAACUAGCCACUGUUCCAUUUCUUCUGAACCUAGCAUCCCUCUCGCAGACUCUUUUAAAAGCAAUAACCAGCGAUGUUCUACAAACCUUGAAACCAGAUAUAAUUCCUCAAUUAGCAUUAUUUGCAUCAGAUUGGUGCAAGUACUUUGAUAAUCAGCCAGAAGCUCUUAUAGACUUAACUGUUCACCUGAUAUUAGGAUGCGAACAGGGUGCAUCUCAAAUAAUAAAUAUCUUAUUAGAUACUACUUUAAAUACAAGCAACGUUGGGUAUCACAGCGUGAAUGCAGCUCAAAGUGUGAAGAACGUGUGCUCUGAAAUCCUAGAAUUGGUACUGCAAGAAAUUGAUUUGCUCUUAAGAACACAUGGACCACAGUCUGCAAAUAUCGCUUUAUUAAAUUCUAUAAAACAAGAACUGCCAGUAAUAUUACCAUUACUUUUGAAUCCAAAUCCAUUACGAGUCCAAACAGCUGUAAGAUUGUUGUGCUUCCUUGGAAGUCAAAAUUCCAAUACAUUGAUAUCAGCUGCCUCGUACGUGUUAGUCAAAGCAGCAACGACUUUCCAUCUGGCCGCUUUAAUACGUCUUAUUUCCAAUAAUAUCGUACUUUUCUCUUCGACUAAAUCUGAAACAGAAAAUGCAUUAGCCAGUCAUGGUUACUUUACACAGGUGGUAGAACAAGCCCUCAGAGAAAUAAAUUAUAAAAGUGUUAUAGAGAAACAAGAAACAAGGCAACUCUUCCAGAAUCUUACAAUACUUCUGAAAUGGGAGAAAUCAAACAAAGCAUCGAUAUUCAGGUCAAAAAUGAUUUCACAGGCUAUCAAAUUAAAUUUGUAUCAAAUCUCUGCUUUACUGAUGAAGACAGGUGACUUUAAUCUGGCAAAUGAUAUCGCUAAAUUGUUAGAUUUAUUCAGUAUGCCCGAGAAAGAUCAUUUUGCACCGAAUAUAGAGCUUACAUUAAAAUUAACAAGAGCCAUCAUUCAGUAUUUCUUUUUGUGCAUAGCAGAAAAUGAUAUUACCAAGAAACAGCAAGGAGUAAGAAUAGUUUGUCAUUUACUGAAGGAUUUGACUUCUUAUUCGCCCUGUGCCAGGGUAUUGGCUUUGAGAGAAUUUUUAGGGCAUGGUAUCAACAAUGAUGCUGCUAAAUGUUUUGGAGCAAAGGAAAAGUUUGAACCGAAGUUUGAGGAAACUUUACUUUUACACCAAAAUCAUAAACAGGUGACAAGCACAAUGUUAGCUCAGAAACAUUCAUCUGUGUUCCAUGCUGGAGUGAUUGGCCAUGGUCCCCGAAGGCCGCCGCCAGAAAAUUCUCUUGACAAAGAUACCAUCACUCUGAACAAAAUAUUACUAAUGGAUGUGAUAAAGGCAUGUUGUAAUAACCGGGAGUCAGAGAGGUAUCCUGUAAACCUAGAUGCUUUAACAAUGGUCAGUUUGCUGUUGGUCGAGUUAGUCUCACCUGACGUUAUGUACAAUGGGCUACCUUGGCCUGAUGAAGAAUUCACAAAGGUUACUAUAGAGAGAGACUUGCAAAUCCGUCGAACGUUCAAAGAUGUCCCAUUGUUAUGGACAUUGUUGGAGUUGACUGCUUGGUACAGGCCGGCAUUGGCCUAUUGUUCGGUUUUAUUAAGAGGCAUUGCUGCUACCGUUAUGGCUAAUUGGAACACGGAAGAAGGUGUAUCACUUGUAAGCGUUAUGGCACUUGGCCAGUUACUACCACCCCCAUUGGCAAGCAUAAGAGACAUUUUGCCAGUUUUGGAACCGCAUCAGAUAAAUAUUAUAAUGAAAGAAUGCGUGUGGGCUUAUAUGCGUGAAAACGUUCCUUCGCCGGCCCUUUUUACCCGUAGCGAAGGAGCUAACAUCGCAUGGAGAGACACAGAUACCUCUGCUCCAAACGGCAGAUUCACGGAAAUCCUUCGUUUGGUUUUGUUAUCGAAUAUUCAUACCUUGGGCUCGCUUUAUGCUACCCUGUUUUAUAACGAGAACAAAUAAUCAAUCAACGAAUCGUUCAUUUGUACAUAUUUCUGUAUAUAGAGUGAUAACAAUUUUGUAUAUUGAUAUUAAAGAAAUGUUUCAAUGAAA